CCACCGCUGAUCACAGUAACAAGUGUCAACACUGAGCUUGGCAGGAAGUGGUGUUUGUUCCGCGUUGGAACAUGACCGUAAGGUAGGAUUGUCGACCAAAGUGUUGAGCCAACAAACUCAUCAUUUUCCACGUUCCAAACACUGGGAGAUGGACAACCACAGAAGAGGUCGACCAUGGGGGAAGUUGGUGAAAGUGGACUCCAGUGAAGGAGUGGUGCUGCUUUUCAACAGAGAAUGCACAGUUGGCCGGAAAAAAGGAUGUGAUCUGGCUUUUCCUGCCAACAAACUGGUCUCAGGGGAGCACUGCAAAAUUGUGCAAGAUGAAAACUCGGGGCAAGUGUGGCUUGAAGAUAUGAGCACCAAUGGCACAGUGAUCAACAUGGCCAAACUGGUCAAAAAACAAACUCACAUGCUUCAAAAUGGCGAUGUGAUCUACUUUGUAUACAGGAAAAAUGAACCCGAACAAAAUAUUGCCUAUGUUUACCACUCAAUCCAAGACGAGCAGCCUAUAUCACACGAUAGUUUUGACAUGUCAGCCCACAGUCCUGUUCCUAUCGCGCCUUCUGAAAUGGCACUCUCUGUGGAGCCUGUCAUGCUCUCAAAGGCUCCUCGGGAUCUUACACAGGAAGAACCCCAGCCUUCCACCUCAACGUCCCACCUGUGUAUUCAACAACCCUACACACCCAACUCAGGCCAAGCCAGAGAUGUGACCCGAACACCAGAGAAAGUGCUCAACAAUUUGGAACCGGAAUGCAAGAGAAGGAAAACUGAUAAAGAUGAUGAAAUAUCACGUGCAUCCAGCACAGAUGUUGUUGAGGAGACUAAGAGAGAUAAAAUGGAAGAAUCCCUGACUUGUAUAAUUUGCCAGGACCUCCUGCAUGACUGUGUCAGCUUGCAACCUUGUAUGCACACAUUCUGUGCUGCUUGUUACUCGGGGUGGAUGGAGCGUUCUUCUCUUUGUCCAACGUGCCGCUGCCCUGUGGAAAGGAUCCGUAAGAACCACAUCCUGAAUAAUCUAGUAGAGGCGUACCUCAUUCAGCACCCAGAAAAGUGUCGAAGCGAGGAGGACCUGAAGAACAUGGACAGCCGCAAUAAGAUCACUCAGGACAUGUUGCAGCCAAAAGUUGAACGGUGUUUUUCUGAUGAGGAGGGCAGCUCGGAUUACCUUUUUGAGCUCUCUGACAAUGACAGCGACUCCUCUGACAUUAGUCAACCUCUGGUGCUGUGCAGACAGUGUCCAGGCUACAGAAGCAGCCAGAUGCUGUUUGCCACAGGCUCCAACUACUGGGUUCCGGGUCUUACGGCACCACCACCUCUGCCUCAUUCUUUUCCACCUCCAGUCAAACUAACCACCAAUGCAGGCUGUGCAAAUCCUACUGGGGAAGAACCCUCAACAUCUUCGGACAUCCCAUCAGCUCCUCACGAGGAGUACCGCUGCCCUCCUCAAGGCUGCCAUCUUGUUUGCACCUGCUGUUUGCAGCCCAUGCCGGAUAGACGGGCCGAGUUGAUUACUCAGCAGCAAUGUAUGCAAUGCCAACGUCCUUUCUGCCACAUUUAUUGGGGUUGUCAGAGGAUUGGUUGUCAAGGAUGCCUGGCUCGAUUUAGUGAGCUUAACCUAACUGACAAAUGUCUGGAUGGUGUGCUGAACAACAACAACUAUGAAUCAGAGAUCCUGAAGAACUACUUAUCCUCCAGAGGGAGGACAUGGCUGGAUCUUCUCAAAGAGGCCGUUCAUGACUUAGAACAGGGGAAAUAUUCCCUUUCAGACAGUCGUAUCUCUGCCAAUACCAUCCUGUGUGUGUUCUGUGGCCUGAUGGUCUUCAAGGAGCUGGCGUACAUGUACAGACAGAAUAUUCCCGCAUCGGAACUACCAGCUGCUGUGCUGUCUCGUCCCGACUGCUACUGGGGACGUAACUGUCGUACACAGGUGAAGGCCCAUCAUGCAAUGAAAUUCAACCACAUAUGCGAGCAGACCCGUUUCAAGAGCUGAGCCAACAAAAGCGGUCCAACUCACAGCACAGUGGAGACACCAUCUCACCUGCUUGACUUGGCUACCAGUCCUCCAUAAUGUACACACACACACACACACAACCACAAAACAAUCAUUAUCACUUCAUAAUGAACGUUGGGCUGUAUUAAAGCAGUGCUAUGCACAUUACUUUUUAUAGUUGAGAGCUUCCGUAGAACCAACAUUUGAUAGUUUUUUUUUUUUUUAAACUUUGCUCGGUUAAGAGCAAAUGUGGCAGUUAUUAUUAUAUAUUAUGCUGUUUACGCACUUCGGUAAGCAUGAUUUAUGCUGCUUCAUUCUCUAGUUUUGAGCUGGACUUACUGUAUUAUGUAUAGUUGGUGAUGUAACCUAGUGCCAUAGGAAUUAAGGGCUUCCACAAUGCAAACUCAAUUGCAUAUUAUUAGAGUUUAGAAUAUUAAAUAGUCAUACUACUUACUAAUCAGUGUUGUAUGGAUGCAUCAGUCAGUUCCAAUUCUGCAUAACAGGACUGAACUAAUCAAUCCUUUUUUCAUAUUUGAAAAAUAUUUCCUGUCAUCCUACCUUUUACUGUUUAUACUUUUAUUUUGCAUCAAUAUCCAGAAGCGAUGCAUUACGGCACAGGCUACUGAAGCUGUUGAUAUCACUAAUCUGCUUCCUUAAACACAUCAAUAAGAAGAGUCAGUAGUAAUGGUGGCUAUUCUGAAUGGCAAUGUUCUGUUUAACAGUUGCAGUUCAUUGGAGACGAUCAUGCAAAUUGGAGUUAUUUAGUCAAUAUGUUGAUGAUUGUGCUUGGAUUUUUGGUAGCUCUCUGGUUUCUCAGGUAAACAACGCUGCUGUAAAAGUGUCGAACUGGUUAAAUGAAUCUAAAAUUCUUGAUUUAAAAAAAAAAAUCUGUACUCUGUAACACGGAUGUACACAUUGUGCAAGAAUAUUUCUUUGUAGAUAAUAGAUUCAAGAUUAUGUAGAACUGCUGGUGGAUAUGAAGAAACUGUUAAACAGUCGUGAUUGGCAUCCAGUCAAUUAUGCAUUGACUUGUUAUCACUUAUCUUUAGUUGAUUUAUAACUGUCUUCAUUCAGGUGUCCCUAGAAGUUGACACGUAUAGCUCUUCAAUUUUUAACAUAUUUAUUAUUUUCUUGUUUGAAUUUUAGUACCAGUAUUCCCAGUCGUGAUCUAGCUUGUUUUGAAUGAGCAUUUUCUGUCCUCUGCCCAGGGGUUGAAAUUACUGGAGGUGUUAAAGUGUUUUUUUUUUACCCCCUUAGUCAUGGUGUAAGAACCAUUCAAGCAUUCCAUAGCAGCUCAGACUCUCCGCACAAGUCCAGUCGAUCCCCCGACAGAAGGGCUGAGUUUUAAUUAUUCCCCACCGGAGAUCUGGGCACUGUAAGCCAACAACAGUACCAAGCCGCUCCAAUCAGGAAUCGGUAUUAAAGAGGCUUUGGAGUAGUACUUUGCAUUUGCCCGGAGACAGGAGAUAUGUUGUAUACUAACGCAAAUAUUUACACGCUUGGCGUGUAAAAGUCUGGACUGAGCUGGAAUGGAAGAGGGUGAAGGUUUAUUCUACCUCACAUGAAGUAUGGGAGAUGAUUGCAGGUACCAGAGGUGCCUUCAUGACACUGAAAAAAAAUGUCUUCUGUGAUGUCAGCAACUUUAUGCAAGCACCUGGUUUAUUAUGAUGUGCCGUUAGGUCGGGUUAGACCCCCGUAGAGUAUAAGGUACAUAAAAGAAGUGUUUGGCCGUGUUCCUGUGUUGUAUUAGCAAAGCUAAGAUUGUCUUUAACAUUCAUCAUAUAGUAGAUAUGGUUUGCAUUCGGAACAUAACAUUAAAAAGCUGGAACUAUCAAUUUAGCCUAAUUUCAUUAUUGCGUGGAUUUCAAACUGUCAAAAGAACAUGGAUGACAUAUCCUCAUUCAUCCAGGACAUCAAUCGCAACUCAAUCAAUUCACACUCAAAGACUAGAUAGGACAGCUGUAGCGUUAUUAAGUCUAGUUUAUGGAACACAUUCUCUUCUCGGCCAAUCCGAAGGUAGGACUAGAGCUGUCCUAGCUAGUCUUUGAGCAUAAACUGACAAAGUAUGUUGCUCGGAGAACUGAAACGUCGUCUUAGACUCUGAAUAAACCCAGAAGCCAGUACAUAAUUUGGCGAAUCAGGUUCACAUAGUAUACAAAAAAAAAAUAAAAAUCAAAGGAUGCAGAAGCUACAUGGACAUUUUAUAAACUAACUAUGCCAAGAAUUUUUUUUAAUAUAUAUUACAGAAAAAAAAACUUAGAAAAAUUGUGUGGAUUAUUAGGAUGAUUUUGUUUUUUUAAACAAAUAAUUCAACUUUUACGUUUUGUCUUGUAAUUAUGUCUUUAUUCACAUAACAAUCUGACUUGGUGAUGUGAAGAAAGCCCUCAACUUUGGCGAUGUUCAAAUCCAGGCUGAAAACAUACUUCUUUUCAACUAUGCAUAUGCCAACUGAAACUUUUUUCCCCCCUUCGUUUUGCUGUUUUUGGAAUAUGCUGAGGUCUGAUUAAAAAAAAAAAAAAAAAAAAAGUCACAGGCUGUUAAUGGACCCCGGACCACACUUUGGACACCCCUAAUUUAUAUUUAAUUUGACUACAGCAAAUCUGCCACUCAGUAUGGAGAUCAAAACUGAGCAUUAUUCAUUGAAAUAAUUUCAUUCUAUUUUAAUUAUUAAGUACUCCAUAUUCCAACUUUCCAUCAAUGAAUGUCCACUCGUUUGAUAAAUACUAUUGUGAUUGCUAUUUUUCUUCUUUAAGCUAGAUUUCCCUAAAAAUGUACAUUAGUAUACUUUUUACAGUAUUUUGAUUUCCCUUUUAUAAUCCAGUAAAGGUAUACUGUAUAUGUAUAUAAGCGUAUGUUGGUUUUAUACUUUACAGAACACGUAGACCUAUUAGAUGGAAAGAGUAUUGGCAUGUAAUACAAUAGAAAGUAAUGUGAUGUUUUAAGUAUAGUAAUUCAGGAAACUACAUCAAACCUCUGAAACCUGAUUUGAAAAAGUGCUCCUAAAUGUUGAGGUUUUAGUGUCCACUGAAGAAUACUGUUGUUUGUUGCAAACCUUAGGCAGUAAAGACCUCUGCAUACGUGGAACAGUAUCCAGAAAUAGAAGAUACGUAUACCAGAAAUCAAUAUACAAGUCGAUUCUGUCAAUCAUGAAGCAAAUGGGCGUUAACGAGGGUUCAUGAAUGCUUCACUGGCCCAUAAAAGUCUUGUCAGAAUCUUCCCGGUCACAUGUGGUUGCUGCACAACACUGCCGACUGACUAAGAGGCAGCUGGCAGCCAUUGAUGGCGUUUGACUCGGUCACGGUGGGGGGUGCAGCGGAAGGGAGUGGACAAACCCCACCUGAUACCUGACUCCCCCACGGCCGCCACUCCGGUCUAGCUCUCUGGUUCUGAGGGCUGGAGGUUUCGCUGGAAGGUCUUUUCUUCUCGAAUGUCCCCGGAACCAGUCCAGCGCUUUGACCCAGGUGUUCAGCUAAGACCAGAGGCUGCCGGUCCUCUUCCUCAGAAAUGGCAAACACGGGGACGCUCAGGUGAUCACCCUCACCUAGGAAAUCAUGCCUUUUAGCAGCCUGGCCACUCUCGACGGGACACUGCAUGGAGGAAGCAGAGGAGAUGGGCUCUGGUUGGGAGCUUUGGGAAUGGUUAAGUCCGGACGUCUUAUUCGAGUCCACCGUCCCAGACAACAAACCGAAGCAAGGCCCCGUGAAGCGGGAGCGCCGCAGGUUGCUGAUUGAGUUGAGACGCCGCUGCCUUUGUGCGACUUGACCGAGCGGAUGGCAAGCAUUGCUGAUAGAAGAGUCAGAGAUGGUGCUGCUGUCCAUCUUGGAUGCCAGGUGAACGUCAGAGAAAACCUUCCUGUUGUUGUCGGCCACCAGACAGGCAGGAGCCUGGAAUGACAUUGUAAACAAUGUGUUUUUUUUAUGGUCAUUUCAAUAGAAAGUGGUUAGAUGGCGCUAUCUGCAGGGGGAAAAACAUGUGCCACAGCUAUGAAUCCAGCAGAGGGCGCCGUCUCACAAUUGAAUUGACCCAACAUUUUCCAGAACCUGAAGGCUCUUUGACAAGACGGGAGGUUGGUAAGUGCACAUUUUGUAAAUACUACAUACAAAUGUAGUAAAUACUACAUACCCUUAUGAGUACAGUUGUUUUUUUCAUUCAUUCAUUCAUUUUCUACCGCUUAUCCUCAAAAGGGUCGCGGAGGGUGCUGGAGCCUAUCCCAGCUGUCUUCGGGCGAGAGGCGGGGUACAUACACCCUGGACUGGUGGCCAGCCAAUCACAGGGCACAUAUAGACAAACAACCAUUCACACUCACAUUCAUACCUAUGGACAAUUUGGAGUCGCUAAUUAACCUAGCAUGU